AUGCUUUUUCCUCGUUUCGCUGUGAUCGCAGCCACCGCUAUCGGGUUUGCUGGUUCCGCAAAGGCAGCGCCUGUCACCGCCGCCUCUCUCGCCGUCCGCGCGACGCUCUGCGCAAGUCCCUCCGGCGACGCAGGCACCUACAGCCAGCCCUGCGACACCUACGCCCAGACAAUCAACUGCCCGAACGGUAUCCGCAACGCGACAGCCGGCGUCGUCCUUCUCGUCCACGGCACAGGUUCGACCGGCCCGGAGACUUGGGACAACGGGCCGUACAUCCAGCUGCUGCCCAACGCUGGACCCGGAUUCGACGUCUGUAAGAUUACCUUGCCGGGGAGGAGUCUCGGCGACGUGCAGACGACGAGCGAGUACGUCGCUUUUGCGAUUCAGCAGCUCGCUGCGCAAUCGCAGACGGGCAAGGUCGGGAUCGUCUCGCACUCGCAAGGCGGUUUGAACGUGCAGUGGGCGCUCGACUUCUGGCCGAGCUACCGCCCGCUCGUCUCGGCGUUUGUGGCGCUGGCAGGCGACUUCCACGGGACGGGAGAAGGUCCGCCUGCUUGUCUCGUCCUCGAUGCAACGACCGGCGGCUGUGACCCUUCCGUCAUACAGCAAAGCGUCGGGUCCAACUUCCUCAACGCGCUCAACUCUCGCGGCGGCGUCGCGCUCGUUCCGACCACUUCCAUCUACACCAUCUUCGACGACGUCAUCCAGCCCGAGCUGAUACCCGCAACCAGUCUACUCUCGGGCGCGACAAACGUCCGCCUUCAGGAUUAUUGCGGACCCGGCUACCUCGUCGACCACUUUGUCAUCCCCUUUGCCAGCUUCGCCUAUGCCGUCGCUGUCGAUGCCCUCACUCGGCAGUCGACCGCGCAACCAGACUCGGUCCCGAAGACCUCGUGCGCAUGGCUCCUCGACGACGUCCUCCUCAACAACUUCCAGCGUGGACCGACGAUCCUGCGAGAGGCCGUCACCGAUGCAUCGGCGGUCAUUACCGGUCCCAAGGUUCUCGAGGAGCCGCCUCUCAAGCCCUACGUCUGCGCUCGCGGCGACGCGACGACGGGCUGCGCGUAG